GAGUGGGUGGGAACUACAUUAACUAGCUCCUCGUCUCUAAAGUGGACUUCGAGAUCAAGCGUCAUUCGGCGGCAUGUCUCCAGGACAGGAGUCGACUGUUGCGCGCAAGGAAAAGUAGCCUCGUCUGGGGUACAGGGGAUCUAUGGAGACUUGAAAGUCUGACGGAAGGACACGGAGAACGUCAGGUUCUUCUGUGUUGCCACAGGCAGGCAGGGCACCAGAUGACUGGUGUGUACUGGGAGUAGGGCUUUCAGUCGCUGCGCUGCAUUGGAGCACAAUUCACAGCCAUGCAGCAGGUGCUGGAUAACCUGAGAGACAUGCCUCCCACCACGGGGGCCAAAGACAUCGACCUCCUCUUCCUCAAGGGAAUCAUAGAGAGCCCCAUAGUCCGCUCCCUCGCCAAGGCACAUGAGAGGCUGGCGGAUGUGAAGCUGGAGGCUGUGAGAGACAACAACCAGCAGCUGGUCGCAGAGAUCCUAGACUCCCUCACAGGACUGAGUAGUAGAGACGCCUCCGCUGAGGAACUAGCCAACAUCCUCCAGGAACCACACUUCAAGUCUCUGAUUGAGGCCCAUGACAAGGUGGCAGCUAAAUGUUAUGAGAUGCCGUCGGAGGUGAACAGUAAUGCCAUGGCGACCGGCCCACUCAUGCCCACUGACACCGUCAGGAUAAUUGGCAUUCAGAAGAAGGCUGGCGAACCACUGGGCGUGACGUUCAGGGUGGAACGCGGGGAGCUGGUGAUCGCCAGGAUCCUGCACGGCAGUAUGAUCGACCGGCAGGGCAUGCUGCACGCGGGCGACGUGAUCAGGGAGGUGAACGGGCGCGAGGUGGGGAGCGAUCCCAAGGAGCUGCUGGAGCUGCUGAGGGACUGCCAGGGGGGCGUCACCCUCAAGAUCCUGCCCAGCUACCGCGACACUCCAGCACCCCCACAGGUGCAUCUGAAACCCCACUUUAACUACAGCCCAGCCACAGACAACCUGAUCCCCUGUAAGGAGGCUGGCCUGGCCUUCUCUAAAGGAGAUGUUUUGCACAUUGUCAACAGAGAGGACCCUAACUGGUGGCAGGCAGUCAACAUUGUGGGAGGAGCCACAGGACUGAUCCCCAGUCAGUUCUUAGAGGAGAAGAGGAAGGCCUUUGUGAGGAGAGAAUGGAAUGGAUCAGGUGUUCUCUGUGGGACACUAACAGGAAAGAAGAAGAAGAAGAAGAUGAUGUACCUGAUGUCCAAGAAUGCAGAGUUUGACCGCCACGAGCUGCAGAUCUACGAAGAGGUGGCCAAGAUGCCUCCAUUCCAGAGGAAGACCCUGGUUCUGAUUGGUGCUCAGGGAGUGGGCCGGCGCAGCCUGAAGAACAGACUGAUCAUCAUCAACCCCCUAAUCUAUGGAACCACCGUCCCAUUCACGUCUCGGCCUGCUCGGGAGGAGGAGAGAGACGGCCAGUCGUACUGCUUUGUGUCUCGGUCCCAGAUGGAGACAGACAUUAAGGCCCGUCGCUACCUGGAGCAUGGAGAGUACGAUGGAAACCUCUACGGAACCAAGAUGAACUCCAUCCACGAGGUGGUGGACGCAGGACGUACCUGCAUACUGGACGUUAACCCACAGGCGCUGAAGCAGUUGAAGACAGCAGAGUUCAUGCCGUUUGUGGUGUUUGUUGCUGCUCCACAACUGGACACACUAAGAGCUAUGCACAAAGCCGUGGUGGACGCUGGACUCACCACCAAACUGCUCACGGAGACAGAUCUGAAGAAGACGGUGGAUGAGAGCGCCAGGAUCCGCCGGGCCUACAGCCACUACUUUGACCUGACCAUCGUUAACGACAACCUGGACAAGGCCUUUGAGCAGCUGCAGGCGGCCGUGGAGCAGCUGUGUUCUGAGCCCCAGUGGGUCCCUGUCAGCUGGGUGUACUGAGAGACACAGCCUGGUUAGGCUGCUCCCUACUGGGCUGGAGGACACGCUGCCCGCUGCUGGGCCCAGGGGCACAUGGAGACUUGGAAGAGGUUGUCCCUAACCACCACGGUUGGGGUCAAUUUUAAUUCUGGAAUUUCAGGAAGUAGAUGAACUACAAUUCCACAUUUUUCCCAUUGAGGAAAAGUGGAAUGUCAGUGAACUUCCUAAAUUGACCCCUACAGGGAUGUGAGAGCUAAGGACCCAUUGAGACUUAUGUUUGUAUGGGACUUUACCAUGCAGCCCCAGUGGAGCCUAGCCUCACCCUGUCUAGCACCACCCCGCCUAGCCUUACCUAGCCUAGCCCCACCCCGCCUAGCCUCACCUAGCCCCACCCUGCCUAGCCUCACCUAGCCCCACCCCGCCUAGCCCCUCCAGGCUCAGUCUGCUCUGCACCACAGGCCCCAUCUGUACACUAUGCAACUCUCUGGAUAUGUCCAAAAUAGCACCCUAUUCCCUAUGUAGUACACUACUUCUGACCAGCACUACAUAGGGAGUAGGGAGCCAUUCGGAAUAGAACCAAUGUUCACAAUACACAAGAAUAACUUUAUUUAUUGAACAUAGUUUUCUAACUUUAACUUGACUACCUUUCUGUUCAUAUGGAUAUGGAACGAGAAACAAAAUCAUGGAUUUGAGGAUAUUUAAAAAAUAUUUAAUGUUUUAUUUUAUCACUGUUUGUUGCUCACAACUACUACAAUAUUUCUCAUAACGAUUAGAACAAUAAUACAAGUGUAUUUAUUCUGAAAGGAGAUGUGAAGAGGGCUUGCUUUGUGACGAUACCUCAGUGUGUUAAUAGUCUUCUCAGUUUACAUUGCAUUAAAUACUUCAUCUCCUGGCGUUUUGUCCCAAAUGGCACCCUGUUCCUUAUAUAGUGCACUACUUUCACCGGAGCCUUAUCAGCCCUGGUCAAAAGUAGUGCACAACAUAGAGAAUAGGGUGCCAUUUGGAACGCACAACCGGUCUCACAUCAUCUCUGAACCCUCCAUGUAGAAUAACAGCCGUGUUCUCUCUUUAAGGCAGACUAAGGGCUGAGAGAGAGGUGGUAAUAUCACACCACAUCUGUGAUAUAAAGGUCUUUGUUGCUGUUUCUUGGAUGAGACCAUAAUGUAGGCUAUACAAUCACCCCCCCCCCCCCCUUGUUACGCCGCUUUCUGUGUUACGAGAUUGUGAAUGGUUUCAUUAAAGGCUGACUCAGCGAGAUGUCAUUGCACAAAGUUAACACCACCCUGCCUAGCCUCACCUAGCCCCACCCUGCCUAGCCCCGCCUAGUUAACACUUAGUGGAUCAAUUUCCUCCACAACUAGGGAGCAUGGACCACGAGGUUAAACUACUCCGCUGUUUUGGUCCAGUAGCUACCACGUUGUAGCAGCGUGAAGCGCGAGGUUAAACUACUCCGCUGUUUUGGUCCAGUAGCUACCACGUUGUAGCAGCGUGAAGCGCGAGGUUAAACUACUACGCUGUUUUGGUCCUGUAGCUACCACGUUGUAGCAGCGUGAAGCGCGAGGUUAAACUACUACGCUGUUUUGGUCCAGUAGCUAUCACGUUGUAGCAGCGUGAAGCGCGAGGUUAAACUACUCCGCUGUUUUGGUCCAGUAGCUACCACGUUGUAGCAGCGUGAAGCGCGAGGUUAAACUACUACGCUGUUUUGGUCCAGUAGCUACCACGUUGUAGCAGCGUGAAGCGCGAGGUUAAACUACUCCGCUGUUUUGGUCCAGUAGCUACCACGUUGUAGCAGCGUGAAGCGCGAGGUUAAACUACUCCGCUGUUUUGGUCCAGUAGCUACCACGUUGUAGCAGCGUGAAGCGCGAGGUUAAGCUACUCCGCUGUUUUGGUCCCGUAGCUACCACGUUGUUACAGUAUGAAGUGUACAUGCUUUGUGUGACUGUAUCUCACUUCAUCUCUAUCUUCGUUGCAACGUCAUCUCGAGGAGUCUACUUUUAAUUCCAUUGUAUCGUCAGCGGACGGUCUCCCAGUUGGGUCAGUACUCUGUCAGUACAUGUCUCUGUAUGGUGCUGUGUUUAAUGUUGGAAUAAUACUUCCAGGAUACUGGACCUUGACAGCGUACUGCAUCUGAGAACUAUCCCUUUGUGAUAUUACUGAAACUUAACCAACUGCCAUAUCUACUUUAAAGUUAUAUAUUUUACAAUUUCAACAGAGCAAAACAUUGUAUUUUUCAGAUGUGUCAAAUAAAUAGACUCUUUUUUUUUUACAACUUGUACUUAUCUCAGGUCAUAUCUAUCAUAUCCAGAGUGUGUAAAAAAAAAAUGUGCCUUAAUUUAUUUCACAGAAGGGUACAUUUGUUUAUUUAAACAAAUCAUAUUUCAACGGUGUAAUUGUCUCCCAUAUUAGUCAAUAGAAACAACCAUUUGGCUUAGUUCAUUAAAUGUCGGUAGUUACAGUGCCUUCAGGAAGCAUUCACAACCCUCAACUUUUCACAUUUUGUUGUUACAGCAUGAAUUGGUUGUUUAUUUACAUUCAGAUUGCAUCACUGGCCAGCACAUAACACCCCAUCAUGUCAAAGUGGAAUUGUUUAUUUUUAGAAAUUAACUAAAAAUUAAAAGCUGAAAUGUCUAUAGAGUCAAUAAGAAUUCAACCCCUUUAUGGCAAGCCUACCAAGACAGUGGCCAAGUUACAAUUUUAACUUAAAUCUAUGGCAAUACCUGAAAACGGUCUAGCAAUGAUUAACAACCAAUUUGACAGAGCUUGAAGAAUUUAGAAAAUAAUGUGCAGAUGUUGCACUAUCCAGGUGUGGAAAGUGCUUAAGACUUACCCAGAAACACCUGUAAUCACUGUCAAAGGUGCUUCUACAAAAUAGUGACUCGGGUGUGAAAACUCAUGUAAAUUAUAUAUAUAUAUUUCAUUUAAGUAAAUUUGAAACCAUGUUUUCACUUUUAUUAUGGGGUAUUUGUGUCUAGAUGGGUGAGGGGGAAAACAUCUAUAUAAUCCAGGCUAUAACAAACCAUGUUUUCACUUUUAUUAUGGGGUAUUUGUCUAGAUGGGUGAGGGGGGAAAACAUCUAUAUAAUCCAGGCUAUAACAAACCAUGUUUUCACUUUUAUUAUGGGGUAUUUGUCUAGAUGGGUGAGGGGGGAAAACAUCUAUAUAAUCCAGGCUAUAACAAACCAUGUUUUCACUUUUAUUAUGGGGUAUUUGUCUAGAUGGGUGAGGGGGGAAAACAUCUAUAUAAUCCAGGCUAUAACAAACCAUGUUUUCACUUUUAUUAUGGGGUAUUUGUCUAGAUGGGUGAGGGGGGGAAAACAUCUAUAUAAUCCAGGCUAUAACAAACCAUGUUUUCACUUUUAUUAUGGGGUAUUUGUCUAGAUGGGUGAGGGGGAAAACAUCUAUAUAAUCCAGGCUAUAACAAAACGUGUAGAAUAAGUCCAUGGGGAGAAAUACUUUCUGAAGACACUAUAACAAACAUGUAAAGUUUUGGUCCCAGGUUUCAUGAGCUGAAAUAAAAGAUCCCAGACAUGU